GGGCGUGUGAGGGAAGAAGAGGUCUUAAGCGUGUCGCGCGCGCCGGCGAAGAGCGAGGGGAGGCAGGGCUCGCGCCAGGGGAGAGGCGGGGCUUGGUGUUCGCCUCGCGCCGGGGGCGCGGGCGGGGAGCUGCUCGCUCGGGUGAGGAGGAGCCGGAGCGCCAGCCGUGAGGGGAGCAGCGGGCGGAGGAAGACCAGCCUGCUCGGUGCCGCCGCCGCCGCCGCCACCGCAGCUGACAGACAGUGGCAGGGACGCUCAGCCGACCCGGAGGCAGGGGGAGGAUAGCAAGACGGAUUUGCGGACAUGGGCGCACCUAUUGUUGCGGCUUCUCGCCCGGCGCUGCAGCCCUUUUGCACAUCCUGACAGCUGAUGCUACUCUUCGAUAGGUGGCUUGAUAAAUGCACAGUGGAUCAUGUAGUCUCGUAGCCGACUCUCUUAUUCACUGCCUCAUGUUAGCAACUGUUAACCUUGGGGUGGAUGCGAUCAUCAUCUUUUUCUGUGGCUUGGCAGUCCAUUAGUGUAACAAGGUGCUCUUUGAGCGGGCUGAUGGUUCAAAGCAUUGCAAGAAUGACAAGCAAGCAGCCUUCUUGAGGAAUUUGGCAUGCAAUGCAUCUAGGUACAGGACCUGAAAACCCAAAAUCUCUGAUGAUGAUCAGCUCCAAGAAACUAUGUCUUCAGAAAUGAAAGCUUGUACCUACUAUAAACAGUGAUCGGCCUUAAGUAGACUAGAAACUAUAGUCAAGAAACUUCAGAGGAACUCGUCCUUACCUGGUUACCUUGUAUCAUAAAUUCAAUCAUGUAUGGAAGUGCUCGGUCAGUUGGUAAAAUUGAGCCAAGUAGCCAGAGUCCUGGGCGUUCACCAAGGCUGCCACGAUCGCCACGGCUGGGCCAUCGCCGAACCAACAGCACAGGUGGCAGUUCUGGAAGUAGUACUGGGGGUGGCAGUGGCAAAACUCUUUCUAUGGAAAAUAUCCAAUCCUUAAAUGCUGCCUAUGCCACUUCGGGCCCUAUGUACCUAAGUGACCAUGAGAACGUGGGUGCAGACACGCCUAAAAGCACCAUGACUCUUGGACGAUCUGGGGGGCGUCUGCCUUACGGUGUUAGGAUGACUGCUAUGGGCAGCAGCCCCAACAUUGCCAGUAGUGGGGUUGCCAGUGAUACUAUAGCAUUUGGAGAGCAUCAUCUUCCUCCUGUCAGCAUGGCAUCCACAGUGCCUCAUUCACUGCGCCAGGCGAGGGACAACACUAUAAUGGACCUGCAGACGCAGCUCAAGGAAGUGUUGCGGGAAAAUGAUCUACUACGCAAGGAUGUAGAGGUGAAAGAAAGUAAACUUAGCUCCUCCAUGAACAGUAUCAAGACGUUCUGGAGUCCUGAACUCAAGAAGGAAAGAGCCCUGAGGAAAGAUGAGGCAUCCAAAAUAACUAUUUGGAAAGAACAGUAUCGAGUUGUACAGGAAGAAAACCAGCAUAUGCAGAUGACAAUCCAAGCUCUUCAGGAUGAGCUUAGGAUCCAGAGGGACCUGAACCAGCUUUUUCAGCAAGACAGCAGCAGUCGAUCCAGUGAGCACUUUGUGACAGAGCUUACAGAGGAGAACUUCCAACGGCUUCAUGCAGAACAUGAGCGCCAGGCCAAGGAACUUUUCUUGCUCCGCAAAACCUUGGAAGAAAUGGAGCUGCGCAUUGAGACGCAAAAGCAGACCUUAAAUGCUCGUGAUGAGUCCAUCAAAAAGUUGUUGGAAAUGUUGCAGAGCAAGGGGCUGUCAGCAAAAGCAACAGAGGAGGAUCAUGAGCGGACUAGACGGUUGGCCGAGGCAGAAAUGCAUGUGCACCACUUGGAAACCUUGCUGGAGCAGAAGGAAAAGGAGAACAAUUUGCUAAGGGAGGAAAUGCAUCGUCGUUUUGAAAAUGCACCCGAUUCCGCCAAGACUAAAGCUUUGCAGACUGUUAUAGAGAUGAAGGAUUCUAAAAUAUCUUCCAUGGAGCGUGGACUCCGAGAUUUGGAAGAAGAGAUCCAGAUGCUGAAGUCAAAUGGAGCCCUCAGUACAGAGGAACGAGAGGAGGAAAUGAAACAAAUGGAGGUGUAUCGUAGCCAUUCCAAAUUCAUGAAAAACAAGGUAGAGCAACUGAAGGAAGAGUUAAAUGCCAAAGAGGCCCAAGGAGAGGAGCUGAAAAAGAGAGUGACUUCUCUCCAGACUGAGAUUGGUCAGGUGAAACAGGAACUGUCACGCAAAGACACAGAGCUGUUGGCCUUACAGACAAAAUUGGAAACCCUCACAAACCAAUUUUCCGAUAGCAAGCAACACAUUGAUGUUCUCAAGGAGUCCCUCACAGCUAAAGAGCAGAGAGCUGCCAUCCUGCAAACAGAGGUGGAUGCUCUCCGGUUACGUCUAGAAGAGAAAGAGACCAUGUUGAAUAAAAAGACUAAGCAAAUUCAGGAGAUGGCUGAAGAGAAAGGAACUCAAGCUGGAGAGAUUCAUGAUCUCAAAGAUAUGCUGGAUGUGAAAGAACGCAAGGUUAAUGUUCUUCAGAAAAAGAUUGAGAAUCUUCAGGAACAGUUAAGAGACAAGGAGAAACAGAUGAGCAGUUUGAAAGAAAGGGUAAAAUCCCUGCAGGCUGAUACCACCAACACCGAUACUGCCUUGACCACACUGGAGGAAGCACUUGCGGAGAAGGAACGUACAAUUGAGCGCCUGAAGGAGCAGCGCGACAGAGAUGAGCGAGAAAAACAGGAGGAGAUUGACAACUAUAAAAAAGAUGUUAAAGACCUGAAAGAGAAAGUCAGCGCCUUGCAAGGAGAUCUUUCUGAGAAAGAGACUUCAUUACUGGAUUUGAAGGAGCAUGCAUCAUCUUUAGCAUCAUCAGGACUGAAGAAAGACUCUAGGUUAAAGACAUUAGAAAUUGCCUUGGAACAGAAAAAGGAAGAAUGCCUGAAACUAGACUCUCAGCUGAAAAAGCAUCCUGAAGUCUUAUUGAGUCACCCAUCCAAGCCAGCUCAUGAAGCAACAUUGGAGGCUAGGGCCAGUCCAGAGAUGAGUGACCGAUUUCAGCAAUUGGAAAGAGAUGUGGCUCGCUACCGGGAAGAAUCCAGUAAGGCUCAAGCUGAACUGGAUCGUCUGCUAGAAAUCCUGAAAGAGAUGGAGAAUGAGAAGAAUGAUAAAGACAAGAAGAUAGCAGAACUAGAAAGCCUCACUUCAAGGCAAAUUAAAGAUCAGAAUAAAAAGGUAGCAAAUCUGAAGCAUAAAGAACAAGUGGAGAAGAAAAAGAGUGCACAGAUGCUAGAAGAAGCUAGACGGCGGGAAGACAAUCUUAAUGACAGUUCCCAGCAAUUGCAGGACAGUCUGCAUAAGAAGGAUGAUCGAAUUGAGGAGCUAGAAGAGGCACUCAGGGAGAGUGUGCAAAUAACUGCAGAGCGUGAAAUGGUGUUAGCUCAAGAAGAAUCAGCCAGGAUACAGUCUGAAAAACAGGUGGAAGAGUUGAUGAUGGCUAUGGAGAAAGUAAAACAAGAGCUGGAAUCUAUGAAAGCAAAGCUGUCCUCUACCCAACAAUCUCUGGCUGAGAAGGAAACCCACUUGACCAACUUGCGGGCUGAGAGGAGGAAACAUUUGGAGGAGGUCCUGGAGAUGAAGCAAGAAGCCCUUCUAGCUGCCAUUAGUGAAAAAGAUGCCAAUAUUGCUCUGCUGGAGCUGUCGUCCUCCAAGAAAAAAACCCAAGAUGAAGUAGCUGCACUUAAACGAGAGAAAGACCGCUUGGUGCAACAGCUGAAGCAACAGACUCAAAAUCGCAUGAAAUUGAUGGCAGAUAACUAUGAGGAUGAUCACCUCAAAUCGUCAUCUCAUUCCAACCAAACUAACCAUAAACCCUCCCCAGAUCAGGUAAGAACCCUGCUCUUUUUCUUUUUACAGCGAUCCUUUACUGGUGUGUACUGAUUUGUAUAUCUAGGACCAGAAGCAGCUUUUCCAAACGGGAAUUAAAA